GUAUACAUACGAAGCAGGUUAAUGUUUGGAUUUUGGAUCAAAUGUAUGAGUUGCAUGUGCCCCAGUAUGUACCUGAUGAGACCCAUCAGUCCCCGAUCCACUGCAAGCCGUACCGAUACUCGUUAACAGAGCGCAAGACGGCCUUGCAGCGAAUCAGGGAAUUUGAGGCGAACAGAUGGAUUGAGCCUGCCACCAGUCCCUGGUCGUUCCCCGUUGUAUUGGUUCUUAAAAAGAACGGGUCAGUUCGCAUAUGCAUCGAUUAUCGAAAGCUGAAUGAUAUCACGAUUAAAAAUGUGUAUCCCCUUCCCCGGAUUGAUGAUCUGCUUGAUGCGAUUGGGUGCGCUAACUACUUCAGCAAGUUCGACAUUCGGCAUGGGGUUCAUCAUAUCUUGGUGAAGGAAGAAGAUCGGCCCAAGACCGCCUUCGUUUUGUUUGAAGGCACAUGGCAGUGGGUUCGGUGCCCGAUGGGAAUCUGCAAUGCGCCUGCCACGUUUCAGCGAGCGAUGAACGUGACUUUUCAUAAUUUCGUCAACAAGACACGAAUGACUCAGGGGAUGAUCAACUUCUGCGUCAUUGUGUAUAUGGAUGACAUUCUGGUGUACUCAGACACGUUUCACGGACACGCGCAACACAUCGAAUGGACGCUAGGUGCUUUGAGAGACGCAGGUUUCAAGAUUGCGCUGGAAAAGAGCGAGUUUUUCCUUCCGGAAAUCUCGUUCUUGGGAUAUGUUGUGACACGUGGAGGCCUGCGGCCAGACUCUCGAAAAGUCGCGGCGGUGAAGGAGGCCCUGGUUCCGACCUCACUGACGCAGGUUCGAGCCUUCUUGAGCUUGGCCUCGUAUUACCGGCGGUUCAUCAAGGGGUUCGCGACGAUAGCAAGGCCUCUAACAAACCUGCUGCGAAAAGAACAGCCCCUUCAUUGGGACGAUGAGUGCGACCGGGCCUUUGGGGCCCUGAAGGAUGCUCUCAUCACGGCCCCGAUUCUGAUUCGGCCGGACCCCUCUCGGCAGUUUAUUCUCAUCACUGACUGGCAGCCGGAGGCUAUUUCGGCAAUUCUGGCACAGAAGGGAAACGAUGGGAAGGAGCAUGUCAUUGAGUACGCKUCCCGGACGGUGCCAGACGAGCGACGAAACGAUUCCGCGCCACAAGGAGAGUGCUAUGCGGUAGUUUGGGGUAUCCAGCACUUCCAUCCGUAUUUGUACGGUCAGAAGUUUUUGCUCGUCACCGACCAUGAACCUCUGUUGGCUCUGAAAAAGCUAACCAAUUACACGGGCAUGAUUGGACGAUGGGCGGUGCGGUUGCAAGAAUAUGAAUUUGACAUUGUUCAUCGAAAGACGGAGAGACAUGGCAACGCCGACGGACUGACACGUUUGCAUCGAUCCGGUAAAGUACUAAAGGCGGAAGAGAUCACACCGUGGAAGGACCCGGACAUCAAUAACGGUCCAAAGUACGGAGAAGUUGCGGUUAUUCCACGUGGCCAGAAGCCGCUGGCAGACAAUCUCGACGUCAACAUCGUCUCCCAGGAGGAUCCGCGCUUGGUGCCCCACGUCACCUCGCGCACGCUAUUGCCGUAUCUUCAGUGGUCAGCUUGCAUGGAAGGCUUCCCAUCGAGAAAUCCGCCUUCGCGAUUGGAUUAUUUGGAUCCAAGCGACAUCUUGGAUCCCGCUUUCUACAGACCGCCGUACGAAGACGAAUUGGAGGAGACAAUCCGUGAGGAGCUCGCGGAGGAAAGUUCGGAGGAGGAGGAGGAGAAUCCGAAAGAAGAUGAAGGGGAGCCAGCACAGCAGCGAGAAGACGAAGAAGACGAGCUCGCACAAGCGGAGAACGAAGAGGAAGCAGAAGAAGAAGACAGCGAGCAAGGGAGCGGUGACGACAACGACGAGGAGCAUGCCGCCGAGGAGCCCCAACUGAAAAUUGUGCUGGUUGUUGAUCUUCCGAUCAGCAACGAUCCAACGCUCGACCCGAAGCCACCUCAGCCAGACGACGGCGAUGUGGCCCAGAUGGCUGGGCCGUCCGCUCGCCGUCCUCCUUCCCCACCGCGACGCCGACGACGAAGCCGCUCCCCCUCCGCCUCCUCCUCCCUCGCGACCCGUCCCCCACUUCGAGCACGUCGAGAUGAGACCGAUCGGUCUUUGUCCUCGGGCUCUCUCUCGACGCCCCCUUGACUUCCUCACCCUGCGCCAACUCAUCCG